GAUUCCCUCUUUCAAACACAACGGAAUCAAAAACGAAAGGGAUAUGGGCCUGGUGCAGGAUUCAUCCAAAACAUGAUAAUCACGUGUUGUUGCUGCUAGAUACCGAAGGCCUUUGUGAUAUUGCAAAGGGAGAUGCAGACCAUGACAACAAGAUAUUUACAAUUGCGGCAUUAUUGUGCAACGUACUGGUUUAUAACAUGAUGUCAGCUUUUAAUCAAGAUGCCGUCGAAAAACUAACAUUCAUAUCAGAAAUGUCAAAAAACAUAAGCUUUGCUCGUGGAGAGAAUACCGAUGAAAAGUUUGACUUAAUCUUGCCAACAUUUGUGCUCUGUUUGCGAGAUUUCAUGUUAGAACUAGAGAAAGAUGGUGAAGAGUUGACAGCUGACGAGUACCUUGAGGACUGUUUGGAGCUCAAACCCGUGCCUCCCAAUGGUAAGAAGGAUGCUGAAAAGUACAAUCGGCCAAGAGAAUAUAUCAGAAAGUAUUUUCCAAAGCGAAAGUGUUUUACUUUUGACAGGCCUGGGGAUAAAAAGGUUAUGUGGAGACUGGAGACAGCUAAAGCAGACGAAUUAUCAGAAGACUUUCGUGAAGAAACAAAACAGUUUCUUGGCUACGUUUACAACUGCAAAGCUAAAGUGUUGCUGAAUAGCAAAUCCGUGAGGGGUAAAAUGUUUGCCACGCUUGCAACGUCAUAUAUAAAGGCAAUUAGAAAUGGUGCUAUACCAGACGUAGAUGACGCCUUUCAGACAGUUGCAAAAAUGGAAAAUGAACGAAUGGCAAUAGAAGCUGUCAAAGAGUUCUCGGCUAGGGUAUAUGCUAUAGAGUUACCCGUGCUUCAUAUUCAAGAAUUCGAUAAGAUAUACGGGGACAUUCAAAAUGCGUCGUUGGCAAAUUUUCGGUCAGAGGCAUUGUUUGAGUCGGCGAAAUUUGAAAAGGGCGCAAUUGCCGAAAUGGAAAACAUAUGGAAACUGAUUAAAAAUCAGAACUGCGAAUUAGUGAGAUACUAUUGCCUCACGCAACUUAAAGAGAUAUUCGGCGAUGUUGUUGAACAGAAAAAGGCCAAAGAUAUUUACCUUGCUGCCGGAGGGUACGAAGACUACAAGUGUGACAUCGGAAAAGUUAAAAAAGCAUACAAAUUGAAGAUGCAAGGAAUUGAUGAAUAUGAAACCGAAAUGGAAAACAUAUGGAAACUGAUUAAAAAUCAGAACUGCGAAUUAGUGAGAUACUAUUGCCUCACGCAACUUAAAGAGAUAUUCGGCGAUGUUGCUGAACAGAAAAAGGCCAAAGAUAUUUACCUUGUUGCCGGAGGGUACGAAGACUACAAGUGUGACAUCGGAAAAGUAAAAAAAGCAUACAAAUUGAAGAUGCAAGGAAUUGAUGAAUAUGAAGUAACACAUGUACUGAAUGAGUUUUUCGAAGGGAAAGCUGAUUACGAAAGGGAGGUAAUGAGGAAUGACAAGAAACUUACAGAAGAGGACAGAAAAAGAGAGAUAGUAAAGAUGAUACAAGUCAGCGAAGAGGCGCGAAAAGAGCAAAGCAGACUAUUUUGUGAAAAGUAUUCAGAAGAGAAACAAAGAGCAGAAGAGCAUUACAAGAAAUUAGAGGCUGAAAGAGAGGCAUACGUGCAACUGGAAGAUGAGAAAAUGGGCUUGAUAAUGAAAACGUGGGUAGAGCAAAAGGAAUUAAGAGAGCUGCAAAUGCAAAUGAUGAAGACUGAAAAUGAGAAACAACGACAAGAGCUUAAAGAAGAAAUCAGGCAAUUGAAUGAAGCAAACAGAAUAAAGGAAAAGGAAAACACGAAAAGGUUUGACACAAUUAUAGCACAAGAAAAAGAAAAUAAUAAGUUACAGAUUGACAAAAUGAAUGAGGGGUUUAGUUAUAUGGUCGCAGUUGAAAAGGAGAUGGCAGAGGCAUAUAAAAAUGAUACAAAACUUUUCCAGAAUAGUUUAAUAGAACUUUAUAAAAAGCACUGUGAGGAAAGAAAAAAGGCUGAGAGAGAAUAUGCAAAAAAGCAUGUAGACGAUAACACCAUGCGGGAGAUAUAUUAUCAGAAAAUGUUAGACCAAGAUCAAAUAGAUUCAGAUCAGGGGAGACUUAAUGCGGAAAAUGCAAGGGACGCGCGGGAACGACUUGACGGCGAAAAGAGGCAAAACCUAAGGUCACACUCUAGGGCGCCAGCAAGUAACAGCCGGUGGCAAUAUCACCAUUUGUCAGCUUCAUCAGUCUGGAGUACCUGUAUCAAACAAAAAGACGAAAAGAUGGCUAAUGAGCUACUCAAGUCGAAAAUUCUUCCUGACAUGAAAUCACUCAAUGACCUAUGUCAAGAAGACGGAUUUGGAAGAAUGUCGGCUGUUGCGAUAGCCGCAAGCAAGGAAAUAUGUCAUCACAUUAAAAAUAAAAGUAAUAAAAUCAGACACGUUUGGGCAGCUAGAGAGGCAGUCACUUUGACACAAGGAGGCAGUCACUUUGACAUCAAAUUUGUUGUUAUAACCGAGGAAUUAAAUGAAGAGGGCAGAAAGGAUUUAGAAGAAAUCCUAAAAGAGUCAGAUUACGAGACGCUUCCAUUACGUGAUUUAAGCUCAGAAGAAACAUGCUUGAUAAUGGAAAGGGGUUACAAAUUUACGGAAGAGGAGCAAAAUAGAAUAAAAGCUUGUAUAGCUCGAAACGCAGACAAGUUACUGCAAAAACAUACAUACCUUAGUAUUAUUUCUGGUUGCCCCUUCAAAUCAUCGGGGUAUGACAAAAGCAAUCACAAAGUCACUGCAACGCCGUGCAUUGUCCUAAAUGUUCAAUACAAGGGCUACAUUCCUAUUGACGAAGAGCCGUUUGAACUCCAGUACGACGGAGUACAGGUCGAUGUUAGAGAAGACAUCUUUGUUCCGUAUAAUUACAUGGCAAACGAAAGACACGACUAUCUGAAGGUUGGUUGUCUAAUAAGUGGAGAAAAGAACCAAAAGGGAACUCUAGGUGGUUUCGUUUACCAUCCCGACUAUGGUCUAUGUGGAAUGUCAUGCUCCCACACACUGUUGUCACCAUCUGAACUAGUACAGCUGGCAGGCGAGAGUCAAGAAAUAAAUUGGAGUAGAUCUACUUUGUCAGCUGGACGAAAUGUUGAUACAUGGCAGGGUAAUGUUUAUCAACCAUUUAAGGAAGGAGCCAGCAAUGACAAUGCCGCCGACGAUAACAAAAUUGGACGUUUGGUAAGAGUAAUUCAUCGACAUGGCGACCCGACUUCCAAGACAAAUGAUGCAUAUGGUAUAGAUAUCGCACUUUUUCAGUUAAGCAGGAGGUUACCGAAUUCCAGUGAUUUUCCAGUUGUAAAAGUUUCUGGAGGAGAGAUCUCAUCUACAGGUAACGAUGAAGAUUCGCCAGUGCAUCGCAAAAUACCAGUGCAGUUCGGGACAGGAACAGUUGCAGGGUUUGCUUGGCAUGAAGAAAAAGCAUUUUCCAAAUAUGGAGCGAUCACCGGUUACACUGUAGGAGAACCUUUCGACUAUGGAAUAACCGUUAAAGGCCCAUUUGAAUGGACAUAUAAAACACCAAAUGAACAAGUACAGUUCGAAUUUAUAUUACAUAACCAACUAAGUUUUAGAUUAGCCAGCAUGGGUGAACAAAACAUCUCGCCAUUCGACAGACCAGAAGAAAGUUUAGAUCUCUUUGCGUACAAAGGAGAUUCGGGAUCAUUAGUGUACCGUGAGACCAUGGAUGGUAAUCUAGUAUGUGUCGGAAUAGUCGUAGGUGGUAGGAAAAGUCAGAAAACAUGUAUUAUUACUCCUAUUUUGCCAAUUCUCAAAGAGAUGGGGAUAUCGAACUUUAAAAAUUUUGACAGUGAGCGUAUGGAGAGAAAUGUGAAAACGAUGAUGGUAGAUGUGAACACCAUAAAAGAGAAAAUUGAAAAGAUAGAUAAGAACAUGGCUGAUGGUUUUGCAAACAUUUUGGCACAGUUAAAUAAAAUAUAAAACGCACCGUGAAAUCAUUUAAUGAUGAUAGCAUUCCAUUUCAUUGUUUCGGUCAUAGGAUAUGAAAGACCUCUGAAAGCUUUGUACGAAAUCUAAGAUUUGGAAUUUGUAAAAUCGCUUAUAUUUAACCAAAGUUUAUAUGAUUGGUAUCAUUGCAAAGAUUGGUGCAUACCAAUUGAAAAAGCUAGCAAGGUAGAUCUGUUAUGUUUCUAAAUGUGGAAAAAGAUCAUGCAUCUUUGUUUCCAAAAUAUCAAAUAUAUUUUAUGUUCAUAUUAUAAUCGCACUGUCCGUCCGUGCGUGUGUGUACGUCUGUGUAAGUCCAUCAGCUUAGCUCAGUAGGUAGAGCGUCGGUCUACGGAUCGCGGGGUCGUGAGUUCGAUCCUCGUGCGGGGCGAAUGUUCUCCGUGACCAUUUGAUGGUCUAAUAUUAUAUUUAAACAUGUUUUCUCUCUCACUUUUAACUUCUUUUGCAAUUUAAACUAACACACAUCUACAGAUGCAUUACAGGUGUCUGAUAGGUACGUACAAACCCAAGAAUUGUCGUUGUCUGUGACACUUAAACCAGCUGAAAAUUUACAUAAACUAUUUUAUACAAUUUGGCAAUGAAGGAAUCAGCAAUCUGUGCCAAAAAUUUGUAUCAUGCUUUCUCAUUUUGAACAAUUAUGCAUUAUUUCAUUUUGAAUUCCACAAAAGUAUCUUUUGUUCUACAUUUGCUCUCUUAGGAUAGAUGUAUUAUUUUUUAAAAUAAUACAUCUAUUUUAAGAGAGCAAAUACGUACCGUACACUUCAGGCAUUCAUAUUUGUUCAUAUAUUUUGUGAAGUUAUUUUUGUUAAAAUGCUAGAGAUUCCUUU